GACAAGAAGCGCAAGUUCGACGACCGCGACCGCCACCGCCGCGGCGGCCGGGGACGCGGCGGUCACCUCCAGCACGGCAGCAAGGGCCACGCUAAUAAGAAGAGAAAUAUGGGACGUAAUGAGCAUUUUCGCGAGCAAUUAGACAGGCGCGGUCGCAACGAGGAGCAGCAGGAGAAGAAUAAGCGGAAAGAGGCGAAUGGCGAAAACGAGGGAUCUAUACUGCCGUCUGCUUUCCCCAAGGAAGAGGUCGAUGCUGAGGGUCGACGUCCUAAGCGCAAGGUCGCGGUUCUCCUGGGCUACUCUGGCACAGGCUAUAAGGGCAUGCAGAUCGACCACAAGCAGAAAACGAUCGAGGGUGAUCUGUUCAAUGCUUUUGUGGCUGCGGGGGCUAUAUCGAAGGCGAAUGCGGACGAUCCCAAGAAAUCCUCACUUGUACGCUGUGCUCGUACGGACAAGGGCGUCCAUGCAGCGGGCAAUGUCAUAUCGCUGAAGCUGAUUAUUGAGGAUGAGAACAUUGUGGAGAAGAUCAAUAGCCAUUUGUCGCCUCAAAUCCGGAUAUGGGGCAUCCAACGGACAACGGGCUCCUUCAGCUGCUACCAAGCAUGCGACUCGAGAUGGUACGAGUACCUCAUUCCGACCCAUUCUUUCCUCCCACCGCACCCAUCGAGUUUCAUGGGAAAGAAGCUGGUCGAGUAUGCGGAGCAGAAGGGGGAUAUGGAAGGUUAUCUUAGUCGGCAAGCCGAGGUUGCGAAUUUCUGGCCGGAGGUCGAGGAGAAGUACAUCAAGCCGAUUCUGGACUCUCUGGAUGACUCAAUACGACCGUUGGUUGAAGAAGCGCUAUAUGCCACCGAAGCCACCGAUGCUAGCGAACCCGAUCCCAUCAUCGAUGCUUCCAUUGAUUUGCAGGAAGAAGAGCAAGCGAACAAGGAAGCAUCCGGGACAUCCAACGUCAAUGAGACUGCCGAGGAAGCAGCAGAAAAAGCGGCGGGCGAGGAAGCCAAGGAAGCGAUAGAAAACUUGCAGAAACAAGAGCCGGGCCUGGUGCUGAACGACUCCACCGACGGCAGCGUGGCCCUCCCACAAAACACGGUCAACAAAUCCGCGCUCGAAGCUGCCGUCAAGGCCCUUAAGAAGGCAUACAUGGACGCCAAAAAGGCGUAUCGCAUAUCCCCCGAGCGUCAGAAGCGUGUCCAGGAUGCUCUGAAUAUCUACCUCGGAACGCACAAGUUCCACAACUACACCGUGCAGAAGAAAUUCAACGACCACUCGGCGCGGAGAUUCAUCAAGUCCUUCAAGGUGGCCGAGAACCCCAUCAUCAUCAACGACACGGAAUGGCUUUCGUUGAAGGUGCAUGGGCAGAGCUUCAUGAUGCACCAGAUCAGGAAGAUGGUAGGCAUGGCCGCGCUGACGGUGCGCUGCGGCACCAACCCUUCCAUCAUUGAGGAAUCGUUCGGCAACGUCACGGUCCGCAUUCCCAAGGCUCCCGGGCUGGGCUUGCUUCUCGAGCGACCCGUGUUUGACUCGUACAACGAGAAGCAGGCGGCUCAGCAUGGGCGAGAGAAGAUUGACUUCAGCAAGUAUGACAAGGAGAUUGAGGAUUUCAAGGAGCGGGAGAUUUACCAGCGCAUUUUCCGGGAAGAAGCGCAGGGGAAUCAGUUCAACUCGUUCUUUACGCAUCUGGAUAACUACCGGGAUCCCACUUUCCUCUACCUCACCUCUGGCGGGAUAGAGGCGACGAAGAGGCUUUCCAACAAGUCGAUGCAGGCCAAGUGGGAGGAUUCUGAGGACGAGAAUGCCUCGGGUGGCGAGGGGUAAAGUAGGUCAUGUAUAGGACCAUUGUUCCCAAGGCUGGUCAUAUGUUGAGGAAGACUAUUGAUUAUAUGUCUACAUAUAUACCACUUCUGAACGCCAUGGCCCCGAGCCACAAGACUUUGUUGUAUGAAAUGACGGCUUCAACCUGGUGUGCCUAUCAUUAUGGCUUCCGGAGAUGACGAUGGGAGAUACAGGCGUGGUUUGUUCGCCUCGUGCGUGAGAUACUUGAAGGUUUCGUAGAAGCCGCAAUUGCCCGUGCCCUGGAGGGAAUCGCCUAUGAAAUUCGGGGGACCAAGCGAGGUCAUUCGGAUUCGACUUGGAAUGUAGAUGGAUGCUAUAUGGACUCACUGUGACUGGAACCCUUUAAGACUGCGAAAACCAAGGAUAAGCACACAGCCGU